CGAUGUCGCGGGUGAAGAUAUAUUUCGGGUUUUUGGCCUACUUCUAAAUUACACCGCCGCCGCCACGCUAUUUUUCUUUAAAAAAAAAUAUUUCACUGUUGCCUGCUGCUGCUGCUUAUCAGGCAGUUUGUUAGUGAGUGAAUAAGUAAUGGCAGGAGGAGUGUGUGUUGAGACUGAGCACUGCUGCAGGCAGCUGUCACCUGACUCAGAGCCGUAUGCGCGCACAUCGAGACAACUUUUUACCAGUUGAAGUCUCUUAGCUACCAGCCCUGUGGUCUGCCUCUAGCCCAUCUAUGAACUGAAGUUCCUCAUUUCUAAAAGAACAGACAGUCCCCAUCAUGUCUGCGGCGGCUCCCAACAGUAAGACCCAGUCCAGUCUCAGAGAAGACUUGACCUGUGCCAUCUGCUGUGACCUCUUUACUGAGCCGGUGAUGCUGGCGUGUAUGCACCACUUCUGUAAGCGCUGUAUCAGUACCUACUGGAGGGGUACCCAGACACCGGUGUCCUGUCCCCAGUGUAGGAAGGAAUUCACCACCAAACACUUCCAGACCAACUAUCUGGUGACGGCCAUGGUGGAGAAGGUUAGGGCCUCCACCUCGGACUGUUAUGUCAAGAAUAUACAGAAACAACAGAAGGAUUCGUUGGAGGCCCACAGACAGAGACGAGAGGAUUUCAUCACUGUUCUAAACAGAGACGAGGACAAGAUGGAGAGCAUCAAGAGAAUUGGCUAUGAGCUGCAGCUGCGUAUCCAGGGGGAGUUCCAGGCGAUGCAGGCCUUCCUUGCGGAGGAGGAGGCGUGUGUGUUGGAACGGCUGCGGAGGGAACAGGAGGGGGCUCUGGAACAGCUGCAGCGCCACAUGGCGGUCGUCAGAGAGGCUGUCAGUCAGCUGGAUCACAGUAUGAGACUCCUGCAUGAGGCUGCUACCACCACCUACCAGACUGGACUAGUAGAGUUUCCACAGCUAUGGCCUCCAAUAGACGUGGAACCAGGACCAGAGCUAGACUUGAAUGGCUUCAGCAGUAGAUACAUGGCACCGCUACAGUACAUUACGUGGAGGAAGAUGUUCAAGUCUCUCAAACCUGGUCCGGCCCCGGUAACGUUCGAUGUGGACACGGCCCACCCCAGCGUCUAUGUAUCGAGAGACAGAACCAUCGCAGUAGACUGUGAUAGCAUGGUCCCCUACCAGCCCAACCCAAAGAGGUUCCUACAGUCUGUCAACGUGCUGGGGGCUCAGGGCUUCCAAGAUGGACGCCACUACUGGGAGGUAGGAGUGGGCAGCAAGGCCAAGUGGGACCUGGGUGUGGCGUCAGAGAGGGUUGACCGUCAGGCCCGGGUCAAGCUGAGUCCUGAGAGCGGUUACUGGACCCUACGACUGAGAGAGGGAGACCAGUACUCUGCAGGCACACAGCCCUGGACACGGCUUCAGGUCGGGUGGUCUCCCCAGAGGAUAGGGGUGUUCCUGGACUGUGAUGAGAGGAAGGUGUCCUUCUAUAACGCUGAUGACAUGAGUCUCCUGUACUCUUUUAGUAACGGCCCCAGAGGCAGAGUUCUGCCGUUCUUUAGCCCCUGUGUCAAUGAUACGAACCAGAAACCACAGCCCAUACAGCUGCUGCACUAUCCUCCUGUUGACCUGACCUGUUAGGACAGGUGUUUUAAUGAUACGAACCAGAAACCACAGCCCAUACAGCUGCUGCACUAUCCUCCUGUUGACCUGACCUGUUAGGACAGGUGUUUCAAUGAUACGAACCAGAAGCCACAGCCCAUACAGCUGCUGCACUAUCCUCCUGUUGACCUGUUAUGACAGGUGUUUCAAUGAUACGAACCAGAAACCACAGCCCAUACAGCUGCUGCACUAUCCUCCUGUUGACCUGUUAGGACAGGUGUUUCAAUGAUACGAACCAGAAACCACAGCCCAUACAGCUGCUGCACUAUCCUCCUGUUGACCUGACCUGUUAGGACAGGUGUUUCAAUGAUACGAACCAGAAACCACAGCCCAUACAGCUGCUGCACUAUCCUCCUGUUGACCUGUUAGGACAGGUGUUUCAAUGAUACGAACCAGAAGCCACAGCCCAUACAGCUGCUGCACUAUCCUCCUGUUGAUCUGUUAGGACAGGUGUGUGAAUAACAGGUGUGAAUAAUAGGUGUAUCAGACUGGUGUAUCAAUGACUACAGUCAGAAACCAUAUCCCAUAAUGCUCCUACACGCUCCCCUUGGUCCUGACUGGUGUCUUUGAGAUGGGUUUCUCUGUUCCUUGACUCUUUGAUUUGCCAGUUGAUGUAAUUGUUUGCCCAAAGUGUCUACUGUCUGAGCUUCCCAAGUCUAAAUCACCAAAACGCUCCAUAUCACUUCCUUUCAUUCCUCUGUGAGGUGUUUACUUCCAAAGGGUUUUGCAAUGGAACAGUUGCUAUAGUAAAUGUCUCAUCACCAGGACCCUCUUUAUCAGCAUGAUGCAUCAUGGGAAUCAUAACGUGGUCUCAUUAUAAAGGUGCAGUAGAAAUAUAUUGUAAUAAAUUCUGCUUUAGUGGCUAUAUGUACUUUUCUUUGGGGGUGGCCAAAUUCACACAGAAAUGUGAGUUAUAGAUAUUUCAUUCUACUUAAACAAGUCUAAAAAGUGGUACAUGUGUGCUUUUCUAUGCUUAAAUUUGUGUUUUUUUUGCGGUUUUUGCUUUCGGUUUUUGUACACCAGUUUCAACAAGCUGAAACAACAAUAUUUUUGGUGAUGGAAGGUAUAUUUCACAGCGGUUUAGAUGGUACAAUGAUUCUCUACACUAUACUACCUUGUUUUGUCACACAAACUGAAAUUAGGCAAACUACUAGAGUUUUAGAAACCAGGAAAUGGCAGAGCGAUUUCUACAUAGUUGAUCUUUUUAAGUUGCUCUUUUGACAAAAUGGGGCCCGUUGUCAAUUUUUUUGUGGAUGUUUCCUCCUGUGUUUAAGAGUCACUGUAGAUAUUGAUAUGUGCCAUAAUUACACUGCGUGUUUAAAUCACCCUGCUUUCUCAUCGGGGACUUAUGUUAUGCCUUCUCACCUUUUUAUGUGAUCUCUAUUUUUAAUCGGUUCAAUAUAGCUUAAAAAAAAAAUAUAUAUUUUAUUUCAUCACAGUACUUUUUGUUUUUGAGUUCUUUGCGCUCAUUCAAUUUUUUUUUCUCCUAAUCUUGAAAUAUGUAAAUGUGCAGUAUUCAUCUCAAUCAAUCUGUACUCAUCGGAUUAAAUGAAGGACUGAUUUUAUUGUAAUCAGAAAAAGGCAAUUUUGAGGGGGGGGGGAGAUGUGAUUGACAAUAAACAAUGAACCAAAUAAAACACCUU